AUGACCGUCACAUACGAGGCUCCCUCCAGGAGGGCUCAAACAUCAAUGGCGACUCUCGAAGAACGUUUCCAGGUGAUGAAGGAAGUUGGCGAUGGGAGCUUCGGUAGCGUUGCUGUUGCACGUGUACGGACCGCUGGAUCUCAUAUCGCGCGGCGAGGAUCGAUGGUCGCGAUUAAAACAAUGAAAAAGACCUUCGACUCGUUGCAGCCAUGCUUGGAGCUUCGUGAGGUCAUCUUCCUGCGGACACUCCCCAUUCAUCCCCAUCUUGUCCCCGCUCUCGACAUCUUCCUCGACCCUCUUUCCCGCAAACUGCACAUCUGCAUGGAGUACAUGGACGGCAACCUGUAUCAGUUGAUGAAGGCCCGUGACCACAAGUACUUCGAAGGCAAGCAUGUCAAGAGCAUCCUAUACCAAAUCCUGUCCGGAUUGGACCACAUCCACGCCCACCACUUCUUCCACCGCGACAUCAAACCCGAGAACAUCCUGGUGUCGACCUCUGCCCCCAAUGACUCGACCUUCAGCCGCUACUCCAACCUCGUUACUCCCCCCUCUACUCCCCCUACAUAUACCGUGAAGAUUGCCGACUUUGGUCUCGCUCGCGAGACUCACUCUAAGCAACCAUACACGACCUACGUUUCGACGCGCUGGUACCGCGCCCCUGAAGUGCUUCUUCGGGCUGGGGAAUACUCAGCUCCCGUGGAUAUGUGGGCCAUCGGUGCGAUGGCAGUGGAGAUCGCUACUCUGAAGCCUCUGUUCCCCGGAGGUAAUGAGGUUGAUCAGGUUUGGCGCGUCUGUGAGAUUAUGGGCAGCCCCGGUAACUGGUACAACAAGUCUGGUUCCAAGAUUGGUGGUGGUGAAUGGCGCGAAGGGUCACGAUUGGCGCAUAAGCUGGGCUUCACCUUCCCCAAGAUGGCGCCACACUCCAUGGACUCUGUUCUCCCCCCGACACAUUGGCCGGCAGCUCUCACCGAGUUUGUCACUUGGUGUCUGAUGUGGGACCCUAAGAACCGUCCGACUUCUACCCAGGCUUUGAAUCAUGAGUACUUCGCCGAGGCGGUUGAUCCGCUGCGACCCAAGUCUUCCACCUCGUCGCGGUUGCUGGGCCGUAAACAAUCCGAAAAGAGCUUCAAGUCUCCCACUCUUUCUCCUAACGACUCUCCCAAUCUGUCCUCAAAGCCUUCUUGGUUCCGCAGAUCCUUGAUUGGUCGAUCUGAAAGCCCCGUCCCCGGCAUCGAGAACGACAGCCCAACCAGACCGCCCGCCGUCUCAUACAGCACCGUCCCUGAAAUCCCGCCUGCCAAAGCUCGGCCAGCAAACACCAAGCGUGCCACGUGGGCCAACGGUGCUCCGAUGCCAAUUUUGCCUUCUAUUCGCCCUGUUUCUCCUCUCUCCAACGCGGUCACGGCCCAAGCCAAUGCAACCGUGGCGCACAGCGACGCGUCGAAGUAUGCCGAAUCCGAUGCGGCCAAGACGAGCAAAAAGAUCGGUCGUCAACUGUCUGUCAACUCCAAUGGCAACCACUACUCGGACAUCCACCGCCAGGAAGCUGAGAGGAUGCUGAACGGUUCUGGUUACAUCACACCAACCACCAAGGAGAGCUUCUUCUCGCAUCUGCGCAAGCGCGCUCGCAGGCUGUCCGGUCGCAACCAAGCUGCGGCACCGAGCGAUGAUGUCGAGGCUAAUGCAGGUUGCAUUCCAUGGUCGAACCGCUCCUCGAUCGCUUUGGACGGUGCUAAUGUGAACGAACCGAAGCCGCAUUCUGACUUGAGCGAGCUUGACAAAGCUCUCCAGAGCGUGAAGUACGCUUUGGAUUCGUCCACGCACAAUGUUCCCGUGCACUUGAACGCCGGUGCCGAGGGCAGCAUCACCAAGCGCCAAUCGAUGCCUCAGAUCACCAGCACCAACCCGGGCCCCAUCUCCAGCCGAACCCGGCGCGCAAUGCAAAUGACCUCUCACCCGGUUCACCGUUACGAAACACCGGAGGAGGAGGAUGAACUGCUCGACGAGGUCCUGCACUCAACCCACACAGCGGCCAGACGCCUGGCACUUACCCAGUCGCUGGCUGGCCAGCCUACUAGUGUGGGUCAUCGGCAGACGGACAACUCGCGCGCACUGCCGAGCCCGUAUCCCACUCCUUCACCCACGGCCAAGGCUGAUGGCUACUUCGAGACGCCCAUCAAGCAGGUUGCGGCCAAGACGGACGCAAACUCGAACCGUCAAUGGCCGACUCCUCCGUACGAGGAGUCUGAGUGGAAUCAAAAGGCGUCCACUCAGUACUUCUCUUCCGGAUCCGACUACAUCUAA